UCACCAUCCCUCAUACCUCCCUCACAAGAAUUCAUACCUUUCACGAAGUAUAACAUUUUCACCUGAAUAGCAUCAUGGGUGUUCGUGGCUCUGAUGUCCUCCUUAUCAUCGUUGCAAUUCUCGUGCCACCGAUUUCCGUAUUCUUCAUGACUGGAUGUAGCUGCGAUUUUCUUAUCAAUAUUCUCCUGACUGUACUCGGCUACCUCCCUGGUCACAUCCAUGCUUUAUGGCUGAUAUACAAGAAGAUGAAGGCCGAGGAGCGUUACGGGCGUGGAGGCUACCACUACAUUGGAAAUGGCACGUACGAGCCCAUCAAUGACCAGCCAGGUAUGGCCCCUGCUCAAGCUCCUCCCGUCAACUACGGUGCGACUGGUGGCAACUAUGUCCGGUAAUCAGUGUCCGUUGGAUAAUUUGCAUACCCUUUACUGGCCCCUUCCAUGCACGGUUUCUUCACAUGUACGAUUAGCUCCUCCCAUGUUUGUGUAUUGGAUAGUCUGCGGGCAUGUUGGACACAUGAGCGUCGCUUUCUGAC